UAUAGCGGGUUUGGUAGAAUUUUUUUGGAAAAUAUUUGCAUCUGAUUAAAAGGAAAUGGGUUUCGUAAAUACGCAUUUAUUUUGUCUAGCGUAUUAAUUUGAUUUAAUUUGGUAUUUUAAACAGUGAAACAGAGAGGGACAACUAAGUGGCUUCGAUCAGGGAUGUACGUUGUCUUGGAUAAUUUUCCAAUCAGAGAGGCCUUGACUGGGUUAACGUCAUACAUAUAAAACAUUAUUUUUCUUACUAGUCAGUUUUUUAUAUGAGUCGGAACACGAAAGUCAGUCAUUUUAAUACUUCCUGAAAAAAACAAAUAUUUUAAUAUUAGUAAAUAGUGAAACUAAAUUCGUAAUAAAUAUAAGAACUAAAUUAUAAUGGAUAAGAACAACCCCUCAUUGCUGCCUUAUAUAAUGGACCUGCUCAGUCGACAGCCGAAGCUAUUCACCACCAAGGAAGAUCUGGUCAAGAGCAUCAGGGACAUAGUGCUCGAGGAGCACAUCGGCCCUUUCGGCAGUCUCGAGGGUGCUGUUGAGUUUUCCCUGGAUGUGGGCGUCAGUCUUGGCAUCAUCUCUUUAACCGACGAGAAAGUCCGUGUGCCUUUUAACUUCCGCAUGAGCCGCCAUAAGGAAAGAGAAACCGGUGGUGCCCGGAUCUCGCCAAAGGACGGGCGCAAGGCUAUCAGGCAGCGGAUGCCAAAACCACCGGCGAAGGCGGCCAAACUAAUGGGGAAAAAGGGUGCAAGGCUACGAAAAGUAGCGGGCAAGGCCGUUGGGAAGACGACGGGCAAGACAGUUCAAAAGAAACGUUGCUAGCGGAACUAAGUCCAAGUGAAUACUCCCAGACAAUAAACCACCCUGCUAAGAACAGUA